AUGCCGCCGCCUCCUCACGCUAAGCCUGAGAACGUUCUCAAGCGCGCCCAGGAGCUCGUCGCCGUAAACAAGAACCUCGGCGCCCUCGAACUCCUCCACGACCAUGUCACCUCGAAGCGCACCCGCAACUCGCCGAUCGCCUCUUUGGAGCCGGUCAUGAUCUUGUUCGUCGAGCUCUGUGUUAGCUUGAGGAAGGGAAAGACUGCCAAGGAUGGUCUGUACCAGUACAAGAACAUCGCACAGAAUACUAGUGUGCAGACGAUCGAGCUGGUUCUCCGGAAGUUUAUUGAGCUUGCCGAGAACAAGGUCACCGAGGCACAGGAGCGGGCUGAGCAGAUCACUCUGGACCAGAUUGAGGAUCUCGAGGCCACCGAGACCCCCGAGUCUAUCCUACUGUCCACCGUUUCCGGCGAGCAGUCCAAGGAUCGCACCGACCGUGCCGUUGUUACCCCUUGGCUCAAGUUCUUGUGGGAAACUUACAGGACCGUUCUGGACAUCCUCCGCAACAAUGCCCGCUUGGAGACCAUGUACCAGAGCACUGCUCUGCAGGCGUUCCAAUUCUGUCUCAAGUACACUCGCAAGACCGAGUUCCGGAGACUUUGCGAGUUGCUCCGCAAUCACGUUCAGAAUGCCGCCAAGUACGCCAGCCAGAUGCAUGCCAUCAACCUGAAUGAUCCCGAUACUCUACAGCGCCACCUCGACACCCGCUUCCAGCAGCUGAAUGUUGCCGUCGAGUUGGAACUCUGGCAGGAGGCUUUCCGUUCCGUUGAGGACAUCCACACCCUUCUGAACCUGAGCAAGAGGCCCGCAAAGAACAUCAUGAUGGCCAACUACUACCAGAACUUGACCAGGAUCUUCUUGGUCUCGGACAACUACCUCUUCCACGCCGCUGCCUGGAGCCGUUACUACAACCUCCUCCGCAAUAGUGCUGCGCAGGUAGCUUCCAACCCAGCGAUCAGGAAGGACUCCCCUGCCACCACCGAUGCCGACUGGACUCGCGUGUCCUCGCUCUACCUUUUGGCCGCGUUGUCCAUUCCCGUCAUCAGCCAAGCACGCUCCCGCGGUGCGUUGCUCGAUGUCGACGAGGCAAAGAGGACCAAGAACACUCGCUUGACCAACCUUCUCGGUCUUGCUAAGGCGCCCACGCGUGCUUCCCUGUUCAAGGACAUUCUCAACAAGGGCCUCCUAAAGCGUGCCCGCCCCGAGAUCCGCGAACUCUACACCAUCCUCGAGGUCGACUUCCACCCUCUCAGCAUCUGCAAGAAGAUCUCUCCCAUCUUGACCAAGAUCGCCGACGACCCCGACAUGAAGCCUUACGUCCAGCCUCUUCAGCAGGUCAUCCUUACCAGGUUGUUCCAGCAGCUCUCGCAGGUUUACGACUCAGUUCAGCUUCAGUUCGUCCUCGACCUGGCUUCCUUCCCCUCGCCUUUCGAGAUCAACCCUACUGUCAUCGAGAAGUUCAUCAUGAACGGCUGCAAGAAGGGUGAUCUCUCGAUCCGCAUCGACCACUCCGCUGGUGUCCUGACCUUCGAGUCCGACAUAUUCUCCUCCUCCAAGGCUCUGCACCCUGGAUCCAGUACCGGCUCUGCCGAGAAGGAUACCUCCAUCCAGAAGCUCCAGAGCACUCCCUCCGAGAUUGUUCGUACUCAACUCUCGAGGCUCGCAAAGGCGCUGUACCUCACCUGCACUCAUGUCGACCCCGAGUUCCUUCAGGAGCGUGAGGCUGCUAAGGCCGCUGCCCACAAGAGGGCUCUUGUAGGUGCCGAGAAGGAGCACGCCGAGACCCUUGCCCGCCGCACGAUCAUUGAGAAGAAGAAGGAGGCCGCCGAGUCUGCCCUGCUCAAGAAGGAGAAGGAGGAGGCUCAGAUCCGUGCUGCCCGUCAAGAGGAGGCCCGCGCUGCCGAAGCCGCCCGCGUCGCCGAGCAGCAGAAGAAGCGUGAGCAGGAGCGUGUCAAGGCCGAGCAAGAGCGCAUCCGCAAGGAGGAACUCAAGAAGCAGCUCGACGAGCUCGCGCUUGACGCCAAGAUCGAUGUUGAGAACAUGGGCGACCUCGACAGCAACCAGCUUCGCAUGAUGAAACUGCAGCAGCUCGAGAAGGAGAAGCGUGACAUGAGCGAGCGUCUGCGUCUUACUGGCAAGCGUAUCGAUCAUCUGGAGCGUGCCUACCGUCGGGAGGAGGUCAAGCUCCUUCCCCAGGAUUGGGAGCGCCAGAAGGCUGAGGAUCUCGCUGCGUACGAUGCCGCCAAGACGAUCACCCUUGAGACCUCUAAGAGACAGCACGAUGAGGCUGUCGCUCUCAAGAAGCGCCUCGGACGCCUUGUCGGAUCCUAUGAGACUUUUAGGGACGAUAUUAAGCAACAGCGUUCCCAGGAGUUCGAACAGCGUGGUAAGGCUGCCGAGAGGGAGCUACAGAAGGCUAUGGACAAGCGCCGGAAGGAAGUGCGCGACGCCAAGAUCAAGGCGAAGGCCCUUGCCGAGGCUGCUCGUGAGCGCGAAAGGCUCGAGAGGGAGGCUGAGGAGAAGAGGAUUGCCGACGAGGAGGUGCGUCUCAGGGAGGAGGAGGAGGAGAGAGCCAAGAAAGAGGCCGAGCUGCGCGAGCGGAUGAUUCGCGAGAAAGCGGAGGGCGAGGAGCAACGCAAGAAACUCGACGAGACGGCUGCCAAACAGCGUCAACGCGAGCAGGAAGCCGAAGAACGUCGUGCCCGCGAGCGUGCCGAGCGUCAGAACCGUCCCGUCGCCGCACCCACCAAGGCGCCCGAUGCCCCCGCCGCCUGGCGUCCUGGUGUCGCUGCUACCGGAUGGCGUGAGCGUGCUGCUGCCAAGGCCGCCGGUGGUGAAGCUGCUCCAUCAGCCCCCGUCCCCGUUGCCGCCACCGCUGCACCCGUCGCCGCCACACCUGCCGCCGCUGCACCCGCAGCCUCAAACGGUCCCUCGGAGCGUCCCCGCUUCCAGCUCGCCCCCAGGUCCGUCCCCAAGGAGGACCUCCCGCCCGCUGCACCCCGCGAUGCCGCUUCCUCCGCCGCUGCCGCCAUCUCGCCUCCCUCCGGAGCCGCCCCCGAGGAGAAACGUAGCGCCUACCGCCCUCCGGCUGCCCGUCGCACCGGUGGUGCCCCGGAACGUAGCGAGACUCCCCCCACCGCUGGCGGCGACAGACCCUCAUCCGGCGCUGGCGGCAAGUGGGUCCCCUCCAGCAGGCGGAAUCUAGGCGAACGUACCGACCGCCCCGAGUCCAGGGAUAAGGACCGUGGUGACCGUGGUGAUAGGGACUCGAAGCCCAAGGAACCUAGGGACACGGCUUCAAAGUGGAGGUGA